CCGGUGUGGCUCUCAGCUGUGUGUGUGUGUGUGUGUGUUUGUUCUCAGCUCUUCAAUGACUUGCACAGCCUGAGCUCAGUGAGUCUCAGCAGCAGCAGCUCUUCUCCUCCUGCUCCUCCUCCUCUUCCUCCCAGCACCGGCAGCCUCCACCAAACUAAUGCUGUGUGUGUGAAGUGUCGCGUAUUGCCGGACUCUCCUCUUCCUCCUCACGGACAAACCCGAAGCCCGCAGUCACUUUGUCGGAGUGUGUGGGAGCAUCAUGUGGAGGAAGGCUUCAGCAGCGGCCCUGCUGGCAUUGGCUGUUGGAUAUUUCUACCAAGGCAGCUCGGAGCUGCCAGAGCAGAUUCUGCAGUACAUCAACCUGCCGGUGUUUUGGUCAUCAUCUCACACUCUGAGCAGCCAGAAGAGCGAGGAGCAGGUGAUCUCUGCUGCCUGGGAAACUCUCAUUACUUUACCAACACGCCAGUGGAGCAAAGUGGCCGUAGGGGUAAAUGCUUGUGUGGAUGUGGUUGUCUCUGGAGUGGGACUACUGCAGGCUCUGGCUGUGGACCCUGGCACCGGCCUGGAUCAUGAAGUCUUACACUCCAAAGAGGACUUGAAGGAGGCCUUCAUCCAUUACAUGGGGCGUGGAGCAGCCGCUGAGCGCUUCUUCAGCGAUAAGGAGGUCUUUCAGUGGAUCGCACGAGCAGCAGCAGAAUACCCCGGUGCAAAGCUGUAUGUGGGAGGGAAUGCUGCUCUCAUUGGUCAGAAGCUCGCCACCUACCCUGACCUGAUGGUUUUGUUAUGCGGUCCAGUCGGUCCUAAACUUCAUGAGAUGCUGGAUGAGCAGAUUAUCGUUCCACCAGAUUCUCUUCAGGAGAUGGAUGAAUAUCACCUUAUUCUGGAAUAUAAAGCAGGUGAACAAUGGGGUUCAACUCGGGCGUCUCAAGCCAACCGCUUCAUCUUCUCUCAUGACGUGUCCAACGGGGAGAUGAGCUCACUGGAGACGUUUGUGGAGAGUCUGGAGGAGUUUGAGCCAGAGUUGGUGGUCCUGUCGGGGCUCCACAUGAUGGAGGGUCAGGGCAGAGAGCUUUGGGAGGAGCGGCUGAAAGAGGCUGUGUCGGCCAUAUCUGACAUCCGUAAAGAAAUUCCCAUCCACCUGGAGCUGGCAAGCAUGACCGACAAAGACUACAUGAACAGCAUCAUGCAGGAGCAGGUUAUGCCCAUUGUCAGCUCCAUCGGGCUGAACGAGCAGGAGCUGCUCUUCCUCUCUCAGGCCGGCGAGGGGCCUCAUGCAGACAUGGAGGCCUGGAAAGGCAUCCCUGAUGUGGGGCAGGUCAGCGACAUCCUCCUCUGGAUCCUGGAGCAGCACGGCCGCACCGACCCAUCGUCGGAGGCCGACCUCACUCGCAUUCACUUCCACACACUGGCUUACCACAUCCUGGUUACAGUGGAGGGAUACUGGGCGAAUGAGGCGGCAGCUGUGAUGGCUGGAGCACGAGUGGCCAGCAGUCAGGCCUGCGGGCUCCAGUCAGUUGAUAUUAGCAAAGUGGAGCUAAAAGCCCCGCUAGAGUUUCACAGCUCGCACUUUGAGCCGCGAGAGAAGUUGUCCCUGAACCCAGCAGAGCCUGUUGUGGUGUGGCGUCGCGGAAACGUCACUUUCCACCUCACACCAGUACUGGUCUGCAAACAGCCGCUUCGGACAGUUGGGCUCGGGGAUGCUAUCUCAGCAGAGGGACUAGUUUACUCAGAGUUAAAAACCCAGCAGCCCUUCUGAGGUUUGCUUCAAUAUGACACUGUCUGGAAAAUGUUGAUGGGAUGUGCUAAGAAGACCCAGUGAAGUUCCCCCUGCAGCUGCAGCUGUAGUUGUUGGGUUGGAGUCAUGUUUCUGAACCAGUUCAAACCUCUGUGUCCUGAGCCAGGUUCAGUGUCGUCCUUCCCAAUGUGCUGAAUGGUGACAAUUUAAAUCCUGCCUGAUGACUCCUCCAGUCUGCUUUAGUCUCCUCUGUCCUCCCUCCUCUUACACCCACUGGCUGAUGUAGAAACUGAGGCAGAACCCAACAGAACUGGAUCUGACUGGGCUGUGAGGUGGCCGGACUCUUUGCACAUGGCUCAGAUAAAAGCCAUCUUCACAAACUCCAAAGAGUUUUGUCGGCUCGCACCUAAUUUACAUUUACCUGCAUAUCUUCAGUACGCUGUGCCUUGGGAAAAUAUAAAGUUAUUGUUAAAAUGUUUUAUUUCUAUUUCAGAGCCAAGCAAAUGAAUUUUUCACAUGAGUUCUCCCUCAGAUACAUAUAAACACACACUUAAAUAAUAGAACUCUAAACUGAAGAGCAUCUUACUAUACGGUAGAAUCGAAGUGGUAUUCUUGAUGUUCUUUGUAUCUCGUCAACUUUUGGUGCAUCCACGUCAAAUAGAAACAUUCUUUCUCCCACGGGUGUCGGACUUGUCCACACACACACUUGAUGUUUUUGUUACUUUUCCUGAGAGGAUGAACUAAUACUAGUGAGUGAGACAGCUUUUGGGUUUUCUCAGUUUUUUGUCCAAACACGCCCACUUUAAAGAUGCUUCAUUUUGGAAACUCCACAAAGUACAGACGACAGUUAUCAUCUCUGUUGUUUGUACAUUUCUGAUGCAGAGUUGUUAUAUUCGUUUUCAAAUAAUAUACUGAAAUGUCACACGCUUAAAUGCUAACUUUUAUGCAGUAAAGCUCAGUUUACAAUCAGAUUCAGUUGGCAGUAAGUUAAAGGGAGAAUAAAACUUGAAAUUGUGGUGUAGGACACAUGUUAUCAGGGUUACUGUUUGUACAGAUUCUUUCUUGUCAUGUAUUGUUUUCUCAUGUCUAAAAAUGUGAUAACGUAACACGAUUGGCUAGGAACUCAUAAACGCUUCCAAUGUAACAAACCUGAUUUAAAUCCAAGCAUAUAAGAAAAUUGCUGUUACGUGGUUUGUUUUUUGUUUUUUUAUUUCCUUAAUCAUGUCAGAAGUACAGUAUGUAACUGUCAGAACAAUGUGUUUUGUAUACCUCAACUUGCCACUGAAGGCAUGCAAUAAUAAUAGUCUUAAUGCAAAAAUACAACAGAGAGAUGUAUGGCAUUCAGCGGAUUAAAUUCUUUGCACUAGUAGGAAGUGGCAGGUGUGCCUGCAAAGGUGAAUGUAACCUUAACCCUCCCCACCACCCACUCCCCAUUUAUUUUUAGCAAGUACAAUCUAUUCAACUUUACUCACUUCAUAGUUCGUCUCAUGUUUUUAACAAUUAUAACUGUCGACAAGUGUCAUUUACUUGUAGUAGUCAUUAAAAUAUGUAUAAACAGUA